GUAACAUUCUAAUUUGCAGGUAUUUAGAAAUAUGUUAAUGUAUGAAGAAAGAAAGGACAUGAAAAGGUUUGGUUUUUCACUGCAGUGGAAAACGAGAUGACUCCAAUUUCCACACGCCAUUGGCGUGGAGUCAACUAAAAAGUCAAACGUUUAACGGGGUUCCAUUUCAAUUCAAUUCAAUUCGCAUCCCAAUCCAGCAAAUGAUGCGAUUUCUGUUCCUACCAUCCAAUAAUUCAGUUCCUGCACUGCACCAAUGGAACUUUUGAAACCUCUGCACCCUCACCAUGCACCCAUUUUGUGCCUUCCCUUCCACGGCCACCCAUCUUCUUCCCAAUCUCAAUCACAGCUUCCCCUCCCCAUGCCUCCCAAGGUUCAUGUAGCUGUUGGCAAAUCGAUUGAUAAAGCUGUUACCUUGCUCCAAUGGACCUUUAACCACUUUCAGAACGCUGAAAUCGUUAUAUUACAUGCUUAUCAACCUUCUCUCACGAUCCCCACUCUGUUGGGGAAAUUGCCUGCAUCACAGGCUAGUCCUGCUGUGGUGUCUGCUUUUCGAUGUGUGGAGAGAGAACAGACCAUGAAGCUUUUAGACAAGUACUUGACCGUUUGCCGCACAGCUAGGGUUAAGGCAAGCGUUAUAGUAACAGAAGUUGAUCAAGUCCAAAAGGGAAUUGUUGAUUUGGUCGUUAAGCAUAAUAUUCAGAAGCUUGUCAUUGGAGCAGUGCCAGAAAAUUGCAUGAAAGUGAAAAGAAAUUCUGGUAAAGCAAAUUACACUGCCAAAAAUGCUCCUCCUUUCUGUGAAGUAUGGUUUCUCUAUAAAGGAAAAGUCAUCUGGACAAGAGAGGCUUCUGAAACACCAUGUUCUUCAUCCUUGUCCGCUCAACCUGAGAUUGCCACCGCAGAAAGCUUGAGAUGUAGAUCUUUUCAAUAUGGUAAGAAUGAACUAUUUGACUCAGAGUGUCUUCAACCAAAUUCGGCAAGAUCUGCCACUGGUUUUGGAAUCUCUGAAACUGGAGCCACUUUUUCAUCCAAAGCAUCCAGUUGUAGCAGUCAUUGUUCCUCUCAAAAUUCUUCUCGGGCUCAUUUAGAUACAUACUUAGAGGCCAUGGAAGAAAAAAUUAACAACCAACUUAUUGAAACCAAGAGAGAAGCCGAGGCAGUAGCAGACGAAGCCUCUGCAGAGCUAUUAAAGUGUGAGAGGUUAGAAGUUGAAGCCAUGGAAGCCAUCAGGAAGGUCAAUUUGUUUGACUCUGCCCAUGUUCGUGAAGUAAAGCUUAGAAAAGAGGCUGAGGAUGCACUCAGAGCUACGGUAGAAGAACAACAAAAGCUCUUGAGUGAGAGUGAAGAAAUUGCUAGCGAGCUUCAAAUGACCAUGAGAAAUAUUGCGCUGUUAGAUAGUCGUGCUCAGGAAGCAAAUCGUAGACGUGAUGAAGCUGCAGAUGAACUAUCACUAAUUCAAGAAUCCAUCUCAACCCUGUGGCAAGAAAGGCAGCAGAUAAGGAGACAGAAAAUGGAAUCCCUACGUUGGCUUGAGCGGUGGAGAAGUCGAGGACAAGUUGGAGCAGCUCAUUGCAACGGGGUCAUUGGCUUUCCUGAAGAAUUACCUGAGUUAGCGGAGUUUUCAUCAUCAGAUCUUCAAAAUGCCACAUGUAAUUUUUCCAACAGCUUUAAAAUUGUGCAAGGUGGAUUUGGUUGUAUAUACAAGGGGGAAAUGUUGGGUAGGACUGUUACUAUAAAAAGGUUCCAUCAACAUAAUAUGCAAGGACCAAUGGAGUUUCGUCAAGAGGUUCAAGUUCUUGGUAGUCUCCAGCACCCUCAUUUAAUCACUUUGCUUGGUGUUUGCCCUGAAGCCUGGUCAAUUGUAUAUGAGUACCUCCCCAAUGGAACUCUUCAAGACUACCUAUUCCGGAAAAGCAACAAUUCUCCUUUAACAUGGAAUACCCGAGCACGAAUGAUUGCUGAAAUCGCUAGUGCUCUCUGCUUCCUACAUUCUUUUAAACCCGAAACUAUUAUCCAUGGUGAUCUGAAGCCAGAAACUGUACUACUUGAUUCUUCACUUAGUUGCAAGAUAUGCGGAUUUGGAUUCUGCAGUCUGGUAAGUGAGGAGUCUCUCCUCCGUCCUAGUUUCCGUUUGAGCACUGAACCAAAGGGUGCUUUCACAUAUACUGAUCCAGAGUUUCAUAGAACUGGAAUACUAACAACAAAGUCUGACAUCUACUCCUUUGGGCUCAUCAUUUUACAACUCCUCACUGGUAAUACUCCAGUUGGAUUAGCAGCUCUAGUACGCAAUGCAGCUUCAUGUGGAAAAUUGUCUUCAAUUCUUGAUUCUUCAGCUGGAGAAUGGCCCUCGCCUGUGGCAUCGCGUUUGGUCGAACUGGGAUUGCAAUUCUGUCAACAAAAUCGUAGAGACAGACCAGAUUUAACACCUACACUAGUGAGAGAAUUGGAGCAGAUGCAUGCUUCAGAAGAGCGACCGGUGCCGUCUUUCUUCUUAUGUCCAAUCCUUCAGGAAAUAAUGCAUGAUCCUCAAGUUGCAGCAGACGGAUUUACCUAUGAAGGAGAUGCCAUACGUGAAUGGUUGGAAAAUGGGCAUGACACUUCUCCCAUGACUAAUUUGAAAUUGAAUCACCUGUUUCUUACUCCCAACCACGCACUUCGACUUGCCAUCCAAGACUGGCUUUGCAAAUCUUGAAGCUUCUUUUGUUCAUUUAGGGCUAAAGUGCUCUUUUUUAUCCUCAUUAGUUUGGGGCCAGUUUCGUUUUGGUCCCAAGAUUUUCUUUUGUUUUGUGUGUGUGGUUGUAAAUUUAUUUUGUAUGCCACAAAAAAUUGUCAAUUUGAUCUGAUCCCAGCUUACGCCAUUCAAAUAGACAGAAAA